AUGAGAGGUCUGGUGUUUCUGCUGUUGGUGGCUGUGGCCAGUGCAAGGGUCUACGAGCGCUGCGAGUGGGCCAGAAUUCUGAAGAGACAUGGGAUGAGUGGACACGGUGGGGUCAGCCUGGCUGACUGUGAGUACCAGCCUGCCAGUCUGCAGACGUGUCAGAUAAAGUUCUGCUCAGAAAAUCUGUAAUUUUUGCAAAGCAAAGGAAAAAAAAAAAAACUAAAUUGGAAACUUUUGAAAGAGUUGGUCUGGCUCUGUGGUAGGAGUAAAGAACUAUUCAGAAAAUCAUUAACCAGAAAUUGAAGUGAUCAUGUAACUUUUUCCACACACAAAAGAAAUUGGGAAAAAAAAACACGUCCUGAGCGGCGUCUUGACCUUUUUAUUGACACAACUGAACACUAACUUGUUACCGCUUACCUCAGAUGUAUUUUUCUUCUAAUGUGAAGUUUGAAGUUAUUUAAAACAAUGGUAAUGUAUAAAUACACUCACAUACACAUGCAUACCUAGCAACCAGAAAAAUGACUCUACUGUACAUACUUAGAUUUGACCUGGUGGUGGAUGUAAUGUGCUGUAUUACAUUGAUGAAAACAGUGGCUUUGGAGUGCAAAGAAAAUUCUUACUGUGCAAAAUACAGAAGCGGGUGAGCAGCAGAGUUUUUAGCACAAAUACUGUUUGUCCAGUGAGGGUUGCAAGAGGGUUCAGAGUCCAGUGUUUUGGGGGGGCAGGGGCAGGAGAGAGUCCAGCUUACUGACAGCCUAAUAUAGCUGUUCAUCAGUCUGUCAGAGCAGGCCCAGAGGCUCCGGUACCUUCUCUCUGAGGGCAGACGGCUAAACAGACUGUGCAAAGGGCAAAAAAACAGAUGACCCAAAGUUACUCACAGGAGCUUUAAGUGUUGCUUAAAUGGCAGCUGCUGAUCCACCAACAGUUAUCAAUCUUUUAAAGCUUUCAGCAUUGCCUUGCUUAGCAAACUCUUCAAACAAAGAAAAUAUAGUUUAUAUUUAAUUCACACUACUUUUAUAGAUCAAAAUGUAUCUUUGUUUGGUGUUACCUUUUUUUCUAUUUUUCAAGUCUCUUUUAAAUGAUGGACUUCAACCUGCAAUAAUAUUGGUUCAAAAGGAAAUGUUUAUAGGGAAGUGUGUGUCCAGAUUAGUUUAGCUUCACACAAAUGCUUAAAAACGGGGCAGAGUCCCAGAGUUUGAAGAAUUUCAAAGCAACAAGCUGAGAUUUAUGGAUUUAUUAACUAAUUGUUUUAAAACUGGUUGAUUUUAAUUUCUUUUCUCUCUGCAGGGGUGUGUCUGACUGAGUGGGAGUCACACUACAACACCCAAGCCACCAACCGCAACACUGACGGAUCCACUGACUACGGCAUCUUCCAGAUUAACAGCCGCUACUGGUGCAGCGAUGGCACACAAACUUCGAAUGCUUGCAACAUUAGAUGUAGCGGUCAGUUACCAAAACAAUAAUCUCAGUCUUAAAUCCUGUUCUGUGAACUACUUUGUGCUCCCUUUUUGCUCAAUCUCAAGGUUUAAAUUCACAGAAUUGCCCAAGCAUGAGCGAUAAUCAAGCAACAAACCAACACAGUCACAACAUUUGACAGCUCUGUGCAGUUUGUUCUUGUUUUGCAUCCAUGGAGAUAAGCUAUCAACAUCUCCACUUCUUGCUGGCAGAGCUGCAGUGUGCAUGCAUAUACUUUAGUGGAUCCUUGAGCUUCCUUUCCACCCUGCAUAAAAGCCUGGAUUGUCUCCACAAAUGGGGUAAAAUCUGCCUGUAUGCGCAGGGCUAGUCUCACAUGAGCCCAGACUGAUUCAACCCCUAAUUUCAGCAAUAAUAGUCAGAGAGAUAAUAACAGGCUAAGUGCACAGAUAUACACACGUGGACAAAAUGGUUGGUACCCCUCAGUUAAAGAAGGAAAAACCCACAAUUCUCACUGAAAUCACUUGAAACCUACAAAAGUAACAAUAAAUAAAAAUUUAUUGAAAAUUAAAUAAUCAAAAUCAGCCAUUACUUUUGAAUUGUUGAUUAACAUAAUUAUUUAAAAAAAACAAACUAAUGAAAUAGGGCUGGACAAAAAUGAUGGUACCCAUAACUUAAUAUUUUGUUGCACAACCUUUUGAGGCAAUCACUGCAAUUAAACCAUUUCUGUAUUUGUCAAUGAGCGUUCUGCAGCUGUCAACAGGUAUUUUGGCCCACUCCUCAUGAGCAAACUGCUCCAGUUGUCUCAGGUUUGAUGGGUGUCUUCUCCAAAUGGCAUGUUUCAGCUCCUUCCACAGAUGUUCAAUGGGAUUCAGAUCUGGGCUCAUGGAAGGCCACUUUAGAAUAGUCCAACGCUUUUCUCUCAGCCAUUCUUGGGUGUUUUUGGCUGUGUGUUUUGGAUCGUUGUCCUGUUGGAAGACCCAUGACCUGCGACUGAGACCAAGCUUUCUGACACUAGGCAGCACAUUUCUCUCCAGAAUGCCUUGAUAGUCGUCAGAUUUCAUUUUACCUUGCACACAUUCAAGACACCCUGUGCCAGAUGCAGAAAAGCAGCCCCAAAACAUUGCUGAGCCUCCUCCAUGUUUCACCGUAGGGACAGUGUUCUUUUCUUUGUAUGCUUGGUUUUUGAGUCUAUGAACAUAGAGUUGAUGUGCCUUACCAAAAAGCUCCAGUUUGGUCUCAUCUGUCCAAAGGACAUUCUCCCAGAAGCUUUGUGGCUUGUCAACAUGCAUUUUUGCAAAUUCCAGUCUCGCUUUUUUAUGAUUUUUUUUCAGCAGUGGUGUCCUCCUUGGUCGUCUCCCAUGAAGUCCACUUUGGCUCAAACAACGACGAAUGGUGCGAUCUGACACUGAUGUACCUUGGCCUUGGAGUUCACCUUUAAUUUCUUUGGAGGUUGUCCUGGGCUCUUUGGAUACAAUUCGAACGAUCUGUCUCUUCAAUCUGUCAUCAAUUUUCCUCUUGCGGCCACGUCCAGGGAGGUUGGCUACUGUCCCGUGGGUCUUGAACUUCUGAAUAAUAUGAGCCACUGUUGUCACAGGAACUUCAAGCUGUUUAGAGAUGGUCUUAUAGCCUGCACCUUUAAGAUGUUUGUCUAUAAUUUUUUUUCGGAUGUCCUGGGACAAUUCUCUCCUUCGCUUUCUGUUGUCCAUGUUCAGUGUGGUACACACCUUUUCACCAAACAGCAGAGUGACUACUUGUCUCCCUUUAAAUAGGCAGACUGACUGAUUAUGAGUUUGGAAACACCUGUGAUGUCAAUUAAAGGACACACCUGAGUUAAUCAUGUCACUCUUGUCAAAUAGUUUUCAAUCUUUUAUAGAGGUACCAUCAUUUUUGUCCAGCCCUAUUUCAUUAGUUUGUCUUUUUUAAAUAAUUAUGUUAAUCAACAUUUCAAACGUAAUGGCUGAUUUUGAUUAUUUAAUUUUCAAUACAUUUUUAUUUAUUGUUACUUUUGUAGGUUUCAAGUGAUUUCAGUGAGAAUUGUGGGUUUUUCCUUCUUUAACUGAGGGGUACCAACAAUUUUGUCCACGUGUGUAUAUCACUGGUGAGUCAUCCUGAGAUGUAAUUGUUGUCGUGAUCAUUGGAAAGUUUGAGUGUAACACAUCUGUAGAUCCUGCUGGGUAAAUGCCUCCCACUAUAAGUACUGGUUCAAGCCUACUCUAACUGUAUUGGUGCAGAUGUUAGCAAUUAAGACAUUUUUGUAGUGAGUAAUAAUGCAUAGAAUCUGGUCAUUUCUGCCCUUCAUGAAUGCCUGAUGGAUUUUUUAAGUGCACAUACAGCACAGGGACACAUUUAGCUCUGCACUUCUCAGUUAAUGCUGCAUUUAAUCUUGUAUGUGUGCUUACCGAGUUAGUGUCAUUUGCACGUUUAGCACAAAAACCAUUUGUGAGUUAUGUCCUCACUAUUGAAAAGUUACAACCCCUCUUUAAAGUUUUUUCAUGUGUACUCGGUGAAUGAGAUUGCUUCGUGGAAUCCAUGUUUUAUGUAUUUUUUUCCUCCACAGAGCUUCUGACCGACAAUGUUGCAACAGCAAUCACCUGCGCCAAGCGUGUUGUCAGGGAUCCCAAUGGAAUUGGUGCAUGGUAAAAUCUGAUCUCAUUUCAAAAUGACAAAUUGUUAGACGUUCAUGGACUUGAAUAAGAAGACACAUGAAUAACAUGAUGUCCCUCGGUCUCUUGCAGGGUGGCCUGGCGCAAUCGAUGCCAAGGCCGGGACCUGA